CUAUCUGACAGGUUAUUUGUAAAAUGGAAUGUGGUUAAGUGUUUGGAAAAAUGCAUGAAUUGUUUGCCCAAGUGUUGAACAAGAAGGAUUUAUCAAAGGCAGGCGACCUUUUCUCUCUAGAGGACCGUGACAUCAAGGGUGACCUUAUAAGUGUCCUUCAGAAAAUCGGGGAGAUUAUCGACAAUAAAGACUAUGCUUCUAACGACAAUGACCAAAGUGUGGUGGAAAUAUGUGUUACCAGGGUGACAACAGCCAUCAGGGAAACUGAGAGUAUUGAGGAGCAUGCCAUUGCCCUAGUACGCCUGUUGGAGCUAUGUCAGAAACACAACCUGAAUCCAUCAUCCCAGGAGAAGGAUCCACCCCAUGCCAAGAUUGCCUCCGACAUCAUGAGCUGUCUCUUCAUGCACUAUGGCAAAGGGAAAGUAAUGAUCCUAGCAAUACCAGUGGUUGUCAACUUUUUAUGCUGUAAUAAUAAGGAACUGGGCCGCAAUGUGUCAAGUUACUUAUCCCUGGCUGCACUGGACAACGCUGACCUCCUGGCCAGACACAUGGACCUCAUCCUCAACAGUGUACUCAGAGGUAACUACAUCCUGAGUACUGUGCUCCCCCAGAUAUUCACACAAUGUCGACAGGCGGUCAUUGAUAAGACUGACCGUUUAGUUAAAAUUGUGGACAAGUGUGAGCCAUCCGAGAGACUCAGUCUGUUUCAAGUAUUUGGAAUGAUUGCCAAGACUGACACUAAAGUGCUUGAAAAGCAUGUACCAAAGUUUGUAGAGUACCUGUCCUCAACUCCAUUGUCCAGUAUGAUUUUGUGUCUGUUUGUUGACAUGGCAACAGCCAAUCCCUUUAUAUUUGUUGACCAUGUGCCCACUCUACAGAAGGCUGCUGAGCAACAACCAACAUUCCUUAUACAAGUUAUACAGAUAAUGGGUGCCCUAGCAACCCUUAACAAGGACUAUGCCAGGAAGAGUAUGGAGUACUUUGUGUCUCAGUUUGCUAGUGCAGACCAGACAGUACUUACUGUUAUUUUACAGGAAAUCAAGGCACUCAGCUUAAACAACCAUGAUCUCCUGGCUUUGAAUCUUGAGGAAAUCUCAAAGUUGUCUCAAAAUGGGUCCAGUGCAGUCAGAAUCCUUGUCCAGCAGCUGAAGGAAGAUAACAACAAAUACUCAUCACCUGCUCCUGCAGAAAACACCAAACAGACACGAUCAGUGUCAAGCCAGACAGAAGGGACAGUCACCAUCAUCACUGUUGGUAAUCCUCCUAAUGCUGCCUAUCCGAGUGGUGCAGUGGCCAUUCGUCACACAGCGCUGCCACCCAGCAACAUGUCCAGCCAGCAGAGUCUGACCAAGUCAUCACGAGCGAGUGCUUCCCAAGCACGACUAACAAUGGAUCGUCCGGUCAGUCCAUUGUCCAGCCAGUUCUCAGACCGCCUAUCAAUGACAAGUGCAAUGACAUAUGGCAGUACACAGACUGGUCCACCUCUACCGCCAGAGCCUCUGCGUGACGGGGUCCAGAACUUCUGUGAAAAACACAUGCCCAUCAUUCGGAAUUUCAUAGAGAGUAUCUCUGUGCGUAUUCCUCUGCCUUCUAAGUGUAGCAUUAUCAAUGGGCGCCACAAGCGGUAUAUAAGACUCAACUUCCUGUGUGGUGGUCAAGGUGACCAAUGUCUCUAUGGCAACACCUAUUUUUCUCUCAAUACCAAAGUACCAAAAACCUGGAUCCAUGUAAUGUUUCUGGCUGUACAGGCCCAGUCUACCUCAGCGCUGAAUCAGAAUGAUGCCAGUAUCCAGUCAUUACGGGGCUGUUGGGACAGUCUCUGGGGUGACCGGAGCAGUUUCCUCACCCUUGUCACCUCUUCAUUCCCCUCACCUAAGGACCAGGACAUCCUUUUACAAGAGCUUCAGAGUUCUCGGUUCUUUGAUGUAUUUGAGUUCAAUGCUGCUAAGAAGUAUUGGGCCUGUUUCAUGUGCAAUCACCCAGAGAAGAUGUUAGAUCUGCUGCAGAAUGGCAACCCUGUGAUAGCUGGACAACUCAAAGAGAAGAAAGGAAGAUGGAAGUUUUUAAAACGUUGGAAGACAAGAUACUUCACAUUAUCAGGGGCACAAAUCACCUACAACAAGAGUCAUUCUAGAAAAGAAACACUUCCAGUCAGUAAGAUUCAGAGUGUCAAAGCUGUUCGUAAGGGAGUGAGGGACAUUCCAAAAGCUUUUGAGAUCUUCACAGGUGAUCAGACCUACACAUUCAAAGCUAAAGGGCAACAAAAUAUUGAACAGUGGGUCCAGUGUCUGCACAUAGCUGUGGCUCGGGUCCAGACGACAGAUAAAGACAAAACAAUGAAGGAGAGUGAGGCAGGUGUUACAGAUAACAAUUCUAUGCCAGCAGCCCCAAACAAUGGUGAAGUUAGUCCCCAAAACAAUGUUGUUAUUGAGCGACCACGCUCUGUGAUGGAUACCAAGUUAUAGCAAUUACAGUAAAACCUAGAGAGGUUGUGAUUAAGUCAACACUCUUUAGAGGUUUUGGUUGAAUGAACACUCUGUAGAGACUCUAAUCGUGCAAACACUCUCUAGAGGCUUUGGUUGAGUGAUACCUAAGAAUGUUUCGGUUGAACACAAGCCUAACAAUGAACGGUUUUGUUGAGUAAUUCUGUAAGUAACAGGAUUGCCUUGGGAGGAUUUGGUUGAAUGACAUAGAUACCUUGGGAAGAUUUGGUUGGAUGACAUAGAUACAGAUGAAUGGUUUGGUUGAAAUGAAGUAGAUAGCUGAAAAGAGUUUAGUUGAAUUACCUAGAUACUUUUUAUUGGGUGUCUCAGAAGGAUUUGUUUGAAUGAACUAGAUGACAUAAGAGAGUUUGGUUGAAUGACCU